AGGCAGCAGUAGCGAAAGAGCAAGCACAACAUUCGUAUCGUUCAGUCGUUUCCGUGUGUGCCACGAAUAACUGUUCGCCGUAGUGGAUACAUAUUCAUAGUGCGUUUCCUAUCCAACACAGCGGAAUAAACCUUGAAUUUGUCUCAUAAAUCGAUUGUGGUGAUUAGCGACCGAAAGAAUCGUUUCCGAUCAGGAUGACAAUAAUUACAAGGCCCUUUGCGGAUGCAAAGAAAUCUGAAAAGACUAUCCUGCCAUUGGUGGGUAGCUCCGGAGCGGCCCCGUCAGCCCCGUCGGAUGUACCCCGCGAUGACGAAUCGGCAGCGUCUAGCAUUAUUCUGAUCCGCCGUGCCCGCCGGUUUUCAUCAGCCACCACUUAUAUCCUGUUUUUGAUUGCCCUGUUGGUAACAUCGUUGGGCAUCAUUGCCGGUGUGUUCUACUAUCGGCAGUAUGCUCACUCGAGAAAUCACCUACGAUUCCACGGCUUCUGUCAGAUUCCGUACGAUUCAUCCAACAUGAAUGACAACCAAAUGUACUACAUGAAUUCGAUGCUCCGUGACGCCUCCGAUGAUCUCAACUCGAUGCAACGGCUAGGUCAAUUCGAGGACCUAUUCAAACCGUUCCAGAACGACCUCAAUGAGAUGGAAAGCCGCAUGGAAGACGCGGAGAAGGAAGUAAGCGAACAAUUCUUCAAGGAGGAAUUCGAACUGGGUUUGUCCGAUGAUGAAAACUACUCCAAGAUCAACGUACCGGUAUUCCGUGGUCAGCGCCAGGGAAGGUUCUUGCACGAUUUCAAGUUCAACCAGUCGGGCAUCAUUGACAAGGACAACGGUCGGUGCUUUUUGAUGCCUCUUGAUCGAGAAACCGUGCUACCGCCCAAGUCGCUGCGUGAUUUGAUCGAAAAAAUGUGGAACGGGUACUACAAUAUCAACACAAGUACGGUUCGCAAGAACAUGCGCGUCAUCACUCCAGAGCUGGAGGAUCUGAGCGAUGUUUCACCGAGAAUCACCAAUGAGUGCAAGGACAUGAAGAUCUAUCGACUCGAAAAAAUAGUUUCUGGAGUUUUCAAACGAUCAGCCGAUCUUCAUCAGCACGCCAAGUACGCCGAAUUCGGAGGUAACCAUAUCACCGAGAUUGACAUCCAGAACUUGGAGGAUAUAGCGCAGUAGAGCUGAAAUACAGCUCAGCCGAAAUUGAUUUAUUUAUGUUAAACUACGUAUAGAAGAUGCAAACGCGCAACUACAAAACAGUAGACUACUAAAACCAAAAAAUUAACUUCACCAUUUGAGUGCGGAAGCUACCGAAAUUGAUACAGAAAUACACAUAUUUCAACUGUGGUGCAAAAAUUGUACGGGAUGGCCAGAUACAACGGUUUUAGCAUACGGAAUCUUAACUGAAGUGGUAUGAAGGAUCUUUAUGGCAAUUUGAUGCAGUACAAGUAAGUUGUGAAAAGCAGAUUAGAUACUCAAAUUGCACAGACUGUUUUUGGACUUGACAGCUGAGAAGCUCUAUUUUUUUAAAUAAAUUCUAUAAAAUUAACAUAAUGUUUGACUCAUAUGAAAGUUGUCCUGUUAGACCUUUUCACCUAUUCCCUAAUCUUUGCAUGUAGCUUUUGUGAAGCAACUCUGUGUAGAACAUCCGUAGUUAUUUUCUGAUGUGAUAUUAAUAUUUACUUCGGGAUUUUUUCUUUCAUUUUUUUAAACACAUAGUGUCCCCGUACAAAAAAAUUGCCUACAUCAACUAAACAGAUAUGUAUGCUUCAACGAACGAAACCGUUUAAAAUCUAAGAAAAAGAUACAUUGUAUGUAAUUGUUACCUGUGGAAGUGCAUCAAAUGGAGGAGAAUCAGAAGGCAAGAAGAUGAGGUGGUUUGCGAGUAACUAUGCAUUAGUAAGUUUUUGAGAUCGAAAGGAUUUUUAUUAUAUGCGAUAAUAUGUUAGUUUAUGUUUCAACUUAUUGUAAUUCUAAAUUAUGUCACAGUUUGUGAUCAUUUGGCUCUAAUUAGACCUACUGAUGUUGUGUACUGCAUUUGCCAGAAAACAUACAAUAAGAUGGUGAGUUGGAAAUGUAAUCAAUUCAAAAUAUUAAAUCCUACACAAAGCCUGAUGAUAGUGAUCCAUCAAUAAUUAGUGAAUUGCAAUUUUCUGUGGAAUAUUAUAAUAAAGUUUUAUUAGAAAUCAA